AUGGCGCAUUAUGCGAUUCAACAGGAUGUCCGUGAUACUGCCUCCUCUUCAAGAACGUAUACAAGACACGACGAUCGUGGUGAGUCUCACAACCGUCUUUUUCGAGAUUAUUUUGCCGAGGAACCGAAAUUUAAUGAGACUUUUUUUAGACAACGGUUUCGUAUGAGUAGACGGUUGUUUGUGAAGAUAGCUUCAGAUUUGGAAAACAAUUUUAGUUUUUUUCAAAGGAAGAUCGACGCUCGUGGUAAAUGGGGGUUUUCAGCUUUACAGAGAUGCACAUCUGCAGUUCGCCAGUUAGGAUACGGUAGUAAUCCCGACAGUUUAGAUGAUUACCUAAAUAUGUCGGAAAGAUCGUCACGUGACACCCUUAAUGCUUUUUGUGAUGGAGUUAUUAAGUUAUAUCGGCAUGAAUAUUUGCGUAGGCCAACGCACGGCACAACACCGUUGGUUCCUUUCACUGUAAAUGGAACCGAAUAUCAGUACCCGUAUUUUCUCGUAGAUGGGAUCUACCCAAGAUAUGCGAUGUUUGUGAAAACGAUUUCCCAUCCAACCGGUGAGAAAAGGAUUCGAUAUGCUAAGGCACAGGAGGCUGCAAGGAAGGAUGUGGAGUGA